ACAUACACAAUUAACAGUAUAAAAAUUACAAUUAAAUAUAUAAAAUAUAAUAACAGAAAAUAAAAUAUCUUUAGAAAAAAUAAAUGUAAAGAUACUAGACAUCUUCUAUAGAAUAUGGAAUUAAACAGUCAUUAUUAAUAAAUGAUUAAAAAUUUAUAUAUGCAUAAUGCAAUAUUUGUUUCUUUUGUACACGUAUGAUUUAAUGAGCUGCAUGUUACAGAAAUUAUAUAUCAUUAUUUUAUAUGCGGUUUUCUUUCAGAACAACAUUUGUCGAUCGAAGAGUGCCAUGGUUACUUUGCGACUAACAUUUAAUUCUUUCAGUUCUUUCUUGUCACUUGAAGUAGCAAUUGCUGGCAGUUUUAAAGUAAAAAUUGUUAUAAAAUUAACAGAACAAGUAGAAAUUAAGUAGUUGAUACACACUGGAAUUGAUACAUUGAUACGCAUUGAUUGUUGAAAAGUGAAUUGAAUAAUUGUAUUUCUAGUAAACACUUAAUGAAACAAGAUUGAAACAAGAUUGAAUACUGUGAAUAGAUAAUGUAAUUAUUAAUUAAUAUUUAGACUGUCAUUUGUGAUUUAAACUGUUCUUCAUAACUCCAAUAAUGUUCAGCUCAUCAUUCAAAAAGCAAAUAAAAGAUAAAAUGUCAAAAUGGCAGCUAUUUCACGCCACAGACUUUCAGUCUCUCAUGUAUCCUUGCUUCAUCGUAUGUCGAAUUCUCGGAGCAUUUCCGUAUAAGAUUAACACUUCGACCAUUGAGACUUCUAAACUGUACUACAUUCUGUCGACCUUUCUUAUUUGCGUUUUCUGCAUUAGCGAAUUAUUAAUGCUUCAUGGAAUUUUCAUCAGUAAAACAGUCAGCUUUGGAGACGUAACCGCUCGUCUUGCGUGUACCUUUUUCAUUGUAUUCGGUGGUUUCACAGUAAUUAUUACAUACAUCUUAAGUGGUCCAAGAAAGCGCGUGUUACAAGCCAUGAUCUCUUUGAGACUAUCUUCCGAAUCAUAUCAGAUGUUGGCCAGAUGGAUCCAUGUAAAAGAUAUUUUAAUUACUUUCUUUAUAAUCAUACAGGAAAGUCUAUUUUAUUUAAAAAAUCCAUCUCCCGGUGUCAGUAUGUUCAUAUUCUCAAUAUACAUUUCUCUACUUACAUUUUAUAUGGAUAUGCAAUAUAUGAAUUGUAUUUGGGUAUUAAAAACUUGUUUCAAAAAAAUUAAUGACAAUUUGGUGCAUGUGCAAAGAAUCGUAGUAAAUGAUAAGCAAUAUGCCUCCAGAUUGAUCUACCAUACACAGAAAAAUCAAUUCUUACUAAUAGAACUUAAGUCCUUGAAAAAGCAGCAUUUAAUAGUCAGUGAUACAGUGCAAAUGCUGAAUGUAAUCUUCAGUCUACAGCUUCUUGCCACUACAACUUUGACUUUUACUGAAAUCACGUUUCAUAUAUAUUCUCAUGUAUUGCAAUGGCAAGAUGGACUGUCCAUUAUUCUAGAUGAAACUUAUGACGUCUUCUUUUUAACGGCUGUAGUAUAUGAAUUUUUUAAGUUAGCAUUAAUAGUAUGGUCUUGUGAAUCCAACAAGAAUCAAGCAUUUGUGAUCGGUACCACAGUUCAUGACGUACUUAAUUGUACCAGUGAUAAACAAAUCAAAGAAGAGGUAACUAAAAUUAAUUUAAUUUGUCUAUAUUUUAUGAAAAAUUAUAUAUUCUUACUAAUACAAUAUAUAUAUAUGUAUAUAUUAAAUUUACUUUUAUAUAAUAAUAUUGCCUAGUGCUUUAUCAUUUACAAUUGCAGUUGCAGCUAUUUUCCUUACAAAUAUUGCAUCGCAAAAAUACGUUUUCUACGAAAGGUCUUUCCGUAGACGCGACACUUCUUACUGCAGUAAGUAAUAGAUCAUUUGCUUUAAUAAAAUAUAUAUUAUUUACUCUUGUUUUUUUUAGAUGAUGGGUAACAUUACAACGUACAUAAUAAUCUUGGCUCAAUUUAUGGUUAUAUCGCAUUUUUGCGAUGAAAAGAUUGCAAGCAAUAUUACUCGAAUAGAGUAUUAAAAGAGAUAUAAUAGAAAAAGAAUAUCUUUUUAACUUAAAAAUGCUCUUCUCUAUCGUUGUGUUUAAAAUAUAAUUAUGUAAUGCUUUCUAUUUGUUUAUAUACAUAUAUACAUACAUAUAAGAGCAAUUAUAUUUUCAUUUUAUUAAUAUAAAACUUUUUGAUAAAUGCUUAAGUUCGAUCAGACUAAUUAACCAAAAGUAAUUUGCACAAAAUUAUUUUUCUAAACAACAAGAAAUAUAAAUUUUCAAUACAAUAUUACAUUCACAAAUUAAGUUUGGAUUAUUAUUUAAACAAACAUAAAAACAAUUUAUAACACAAGUCUACUUAUACAAAUUGAAGCUGAAAAACAUUAAGAACAAUUUGUUUUUUUGACAGAAAAAAUGUACGUCGAUAUUUUAUAAUAAAUUGAAAGUAUAAAAUAUAUAAAAAUUAUAAUUAUCAUAUAAUAUAAAAACAAAACUCUAGAAACAAUAAGUAUAAAAAUAUCAGAAAUUUCCUAUAAAAUAUAGAAUUAGAAAUAAUCUUUAAGAAUAAAUCAUUUUAAAAAUCUAAUACAAACAUAUAGACACAAAGCAUAUAAUAAUUGUUGCUAUUGUAUAUUGUACGUUUGAUUUAAUAAGCUACAUGCUACAAAGACUAUACAUCAUUACUUUAUACGCAGUUUUUUUAGAAUGAUAUUUGUGGAUCGCAGAAUGCCAUGGUUACUUUACACACCUAACAUACGAACCUUUCAGUCCUUCUUCACUACUUGACAUAGCAAUUGCUUGUAGUUUUAAAUUGAAAAUUGCUAGGUGUAAUUAACAGGAUAGAUGCAAAUUAAGAUUUUUAUUGAUACGUACUUAUUAAAAAGUGAAUCAAAAAGUAAAUUAAAUAAUAGUAAGUAAAUUGAAUAAUUGUACGACAAUUCCAGUAGAACAUUGUAAGCUCAAGUGUAUAGAUAAUGUAAUUAAUAAUCUUGUCAUUUGUGAGUUAAACUAUUCUCUAUAAUACUUCGAUAAUUCAACUCAUCGUUCCAAAAGCAAACAAAAAAUACUAAAAUGUGGAAAAGAUGGCAGCUAUUUCACGCCACAGACUUUCAGUCUUUGUUGUAUCCCUGCUUUACCGUCUGCCGAAUUCUUGGAACAUUUCCGUACAAGAUCAAUGGUUCAAUCAUUAAGACUUCUAAAUUGGGCUACAUUCUGUCGACCUUCCUCAUCUGCGUCUUCUGCAUUAGCGAACUGCUAAUUCUUCAUAAAAUUAUUAUCAGUAAAACAAUCAACUUUGGAGAGAUAACUGAUAGUCUUGAAAAUAUGUGUUUUUUUUUAUUUGGUGGUUUUACAGCAAUCAUUACGUAUAUCUUAAGCGGUUCAAGAAUGCGCGUAUUACAAGCCAUGAUCUCUUUGAGACUACCUCCAAAAUCGUAUCAAGAACUAUCCAAAUGGAUUCACGCCAAAGAUGUAUUUAUUACUUUCUUCGUAAUCAUAGAGGAAUGGGCAUUUUAUUUAAAAUAUCAAUAUCCCGUCAUUAUGUCCAUGGUAUCAAUGUACAUUGCCUUACUUAGAUUUCAUAUGGAUAUGCAAUACGUAAAUUGUGUUUGCGUAUUAAAAAUUUGUUUUAAAAGAAUUAACGACAAUUUGGUACACAUACAAAAGAUCGUAGCAAAGAGUGAACAAUACGCCCCCAAAUUAAUUAACCAUACGCAGAAAAAUCAAUUCUUAUUAUUAGAACUUAAGAUCUUAAGAAGACAGCAUUUAAUAAUCAGCGAUGCAGUACAAAUGCUAAACGCAAUCUUCAGUCUGCAGCUUAUUGCAACUACAACCUUGACUUUCACUGGAAUCAUCUUUCAAAUGUAUUCUCAUGUAAUACGAUGGCAAAAUGGACUCUCCAUUAUUCUGGACGUGUUAUUUUUAAUUGAUGUAACAUAUGAACUUUCAAAGUUAAUAUUAAUAGUAUGGGUCUGUGAAUCCAGAAAGAAUCAAGCAUUUGAGAUCGGUACCACCGUUCAUGAUGUACUUAACCAUACCAGCGAUAAACGAAUAAAAAAAGAGGUAGAAGAAAAAUGUAAUCUAACUUGUAUAUUUUUUGCAAUUUUAUGUAUACUAAAUUUAUUUGCUUUAUUAAUUACAUAUUCAAGUUCUUUAUUUUGCGAUCUAACAUUGCAGUUGCAGCUAUUUUCCCUACAAAUAUUGCAUCGCAAAAAAACAUUUUCCACAAAAGGUUUUUCUAUAGAUGCGACGCUUCUUACUACUGUAAGUAAUAGAUUUACUUUAAUAAAAUAUCUAUUGUUUACUGUUUUAUUUAUUUUUAGAUGACUGGUAGCGUUACAACAUACAUAUUAAUCUUUGCUCAAUUUAUGGCUAUAUCACAUACUUGUGAUGAAAAGACUGCAGGCAAUAUUACAAAAAUAACCUAACUAGGAAGAUGUGUAAUAAAAAAGAAGAAAUAUAAUUUAAAAUAUUAGAAGCUUUCUGUUCCAUCGUAAUUAAAAUAUAAUAAAAUUAGGUUCGCGAAAGCGUCAGUGAAUUCUACGAAAGUUAUCAUAUGCAUAUGUCGCAAGAUAACAUUUAUAUGAGUGCUGAAACGAUCAAACGUGCUGAUAAAGUCGCGCUAGAAUGCUUUUUGCCACGAUUCACGCCAUCUAUUAGAAGACAAAAACGUUGCAAUAAUAUAAAAGUGUUGAAAUUGGCGUCUUUAUCCACAAAAAGUUAUAAAAAGGGAGCACUUUCGACGCACAUGUAACAAAAAAUAAAUAUUCAUGCCAACUUGUCUUUAAACAAACUAAAAAUGUAAUGACAGUUUCAUAUUAAAAAUUACAUAAUAAUGUAUAUUAAAAUAUAACAUUAAAUUUUGAAGUAAUUUUUGAACAUUGAGUAUAGAGUAAAAAUAUGUAUAUGCAUUACGGACUCAGUCAUUAUAUUAACUGAUUUUAAGCAAUAUUAAUACAUAAAUAAUUGCGUAAAUAAUAAUUUCUGUAUUAUGUGUGCAUAUAAUGUUGCUGUAUUUCUACUAUGUCAUAACAAUAAAAUAUUACUUUAUGCCUUGCACUUUCAGAAUGACAAAUGUAUAAUGCAGAUGAUCAAUGAACGUUAUGGUUACUUGGCUAUUAACAUACGAUUUUUAAGUUACCUCAUUACUCGAUAUUGCAAUUAUAGUUUUAAUUUUAUACUGAUUAAAUGUAAAACAGUAUAAGAUUUACUUAUUUAUCUUGAAAAAAGCGAUGUUAAGUAAAUAUUAAAAAAUUACAUUCAAAAAGAAGUUUUAUAAUCAUACUUUCAUUAAUGUUCAUGUGCAUUAAUAACAAAUUAAGAAUUUUUAGAUUGUUUAUAAUAUAAAAUGUUCUCUCUCGAUAAUUGCUCUAUAAAGGCAUUCCAUUAUUUAUAUUUAACUCGAAGUACCAACAUUAAGAUAUAAAGAGAAAGAAAAGAAGAAAGAUAGCUCAGACCACUUUUCAAUCUUUAUUUUACCGCGUAAUGUUACUAGCAUAUAAUGUCUACGUUUUUAGAAUAAAACUAAUUAAGUAAAUCAAAUAAU